AUGGCCCAGCCCACCCCAGGCCUGGGAAGACUCCGAAUACACACACUUCCUGCCACGCCUCCUCGAGGACCAUUGUGCACCCAGCAGAGCCCAGAAAAGCGAGCGAGGCCCAAUGGACGGCAGAGUGCAGUUGAUCAAGGCCCUCCUGGCCCUGCCCAUUCGGCCCCAGACACGUCGGUGGAGGAACCCGAUCCCUUCCCCGAGACGUUUGAUGGCGACACCGACCGGCUCCCGGAGUUUAUCGUGCAGACAGACGGGCGCCUACAUGCUAGUGGACAAGAACAUGUUCACCAACGAUGCCCUGAAUGUGACGUUCCUCAUCACCCGCAUGACCCGACCAGCCCUGCAGUGGGUGAUCCCCUACAUCAGGAAGCAGAACCCCCUCCUCAACGAUUACUGGGUUUCCUGGCCGAGAUGAAGCGGGUGUUUGGCUGGGUGGAACACGAGGACUUCUAG